UCGCCUUCCAGCAUAUCAACCCACAGUGUGCAUCUGCCUGGCCACCGCCUUCUUUCGGCUCCCUCCUCCCCCUCCCCUUGUUCGUCCUCCUCAGCCACUACUGCAGCAGAGCCCGGUGUCUCCUGGAUGGAUCCGUGAAGAAAGACCCCCCCACACACACACACACUCACAUCCCCUUCCGCACGGCCUGUCCCCUCCCGCGCCGCGACGAUGGGCCCCCAGCGAUUAACAGCGUCGUUGUGAUGAUGAUAUUGGGUUAUUUCAGCAAUCAAAUAUGAAUCAUGCAUUUGAUAUUUCUCGCCACUUCGCUCGUCUGCGUCCUGUCGCCUUGGCUCCAUCCAUCACUGGCUUCAUCCGCUACCCAAGAAGUAGAGGACAAGGUUGAGAGGGACGCAGUGUCAGCACUGCUGAAGCAACAGGCGACUGCAGCACCUGCCACAGACAACACAACACAUCAUGCAGCAGAGCAUGCCAUCACCUACCCCUCACGGCUGAUCUACUACCUGAACGAGGACACCGAGAGCACCCACCAUGACCUCAACACCCGGGCCAAGAACCAGGCCGCUGACCAGACUGUCCACCUCGCCCAAGCCAGUUUCCAGUUGGAGGCAUUUGGGUCCAGAUUUGUUCUGGAUCUGACGUUGAACAAUGACCUACUGUCUUCGGAUUACGUUGAGAUCCACUAUGAAAAUGGAAAACCCGUCCUGUCGAAGGGCGGGGAGCACUGCUACUACCACGGCCAGGUGAGGGGGAGCAGUAACUCCCAUGUGGCCUUAUCUACCUGCAACGGGUUGCACGGGAUGUUUGACGAUGGAGUCCACUCGUACCUAAUGGAGCCUUUACACCAGGCUCACUUAAUUGAUACAGCUGCAAGGCCGCACAAAAUAAAGAGAGCAGCCUCCAUUCUGUCCAGCCAUGGCUCAGAAGAACAGGUGGACGAGGAUGAGGAGGAGGAGGAGGAGGAGGAGGAGGAUCUCUUCUCCGAGCUAAAUGAGUUAUCCUGGCUGAGGCGCAGAAAAAAACGAGCAAUGCCUCGCAGUGUCUUUGAAGAGAUGAAGUAUUUGGAAAUCAUGAUUGUCAGUGACCACAGUAUGUAUAAAAGACACAAAAACAAGCAGCACACAAGAAACUUUGCAAAAUCGGUGGUGAAUCUGGUUGAUGGUAUCUUCAAAGACCAGCUGCACACGCGUGUGGUCCUUGUUGCUUUGGAGAUCUGGACGGACAAGGAUCAGAUCCCCAUAGGUGUGAAGCCGCUGGAAAUGCUGAGAGAUUUCUCCAAGUAUCGCCAGCAGAGCAUCAAGCUGCACGCUGACUCCGUGCAGCUCCUGUCAAAUGUGACCUUCCACUACAAGAGAAGCAGCGCCGCAUACUUUGGUGGCAUGUGCUCUGUGAGCCGCGGGGUUGGGGUCAUCGAGUACGGCACCACCGGGGCCAUGGUGGUGGCUCUGUCCCAGAGCCUGGCACAGAACCUGGGCAUCCAGUGGGACCCGGCAGCCAAGAGAAAAGAAUGUGGGUGUGUAACUUCGUGGAGCGGCUGCAUAAUGGAGGACACUGGGGUCCAACUCCCGCAGAGGUUCUCCAAAUGCAGCAUCUCCGACUACAGGGAGUUCCUUCUGAAAGGCGGAGGCUCGUGUCUGUUUAACAGACCGACUAAGCUGUUUGAGGUGGCGCACUGUGGAAACGGAUAUGUGGAAGUGGGAGAGGAGUGUGACUGCGGACUCAGAUCGGACUGCCACAAGGGCUGCUGCAAGAAGUGUUCGCUUGCCAACGGAGCACACUGCAGCGAUGGGCCUUGCUGCAAUGUCACAUGUCUGUUUUACCCACGCGGUUACGGCUGUCGCUACGCUGUGAACGACUGCGACAUCUCAGAGACCUGCACUGGAGACUCUGGACAGUGCCCUCCUAACCUGCACAAACAAGACGGUUACAUGUGUCAAGUCAACCAGGGUCGUUGCUACAGCGGAGAAUGCAAAACCAGAGAAAACCAGUGCAAAUACAUCUGGGGAUCAAAGGCUGGAGGCUCAGAGAAAUUCUGCUAUGAGAAGCUGAACACAGAGGGGACAGAGAAGGGCAACUGUGGAAAAGAUGGAGACCGAUGGAUCCAGUGUAGCAAGCAUGACGUGUUCUGUGGUUAUCUUCUGUGUACCAAUGUUGGGCGAACGCCACGCAUCGGAAUGAUGAAAGGAGACGUUACUCCUACCUCCUUCAAUCACCAAGGCAACGUGAUACAGUGCACUGGUGCCCACAUCCUUUUAGAUGAUGACACCGAUUUAGGCUACGUGGAGGAUGGGACUCCCUGUGGGCCGGCAAUGAUGUGCCUUGACCAUAAGUGUCUGCCCAUCCAGUCACUCAACAUGAGCACCUGCCCCAUCGGGCCUAAUGGACAGGUGUGCUCCGCCCAUGGGGUGUGCAACAAUGAAGCCACAUGCACAUGUGACGCCACGUGGGCGGGGACAGACUGCAGCAUGCCUGACCCACCCAAAGAGCCCGACAUCACUCCAGACGAAGAACCCAAGGGUCCUAGUGCCACCAAUCUAAUAAUAGGCUCCAUCGCCGGAGCCAUCCUUGUGGCUGCCAUAGUGCUGGGGGGGACUGGAUGGGGCUUUAAGCUGAGCCUUUUAAACGGAGGGGUGAGAGUGACAGCACAGACACAGAGAAACGCACACAGAGAGAAGCCAGGACCUUUUUGUCGCCUGCAGCCUUUGUGGCAUGGCUGGCCACACCCACCUGGAUGGCCAGGCUCGGACCCGACCACACCGGCUGCCAUUGCUGCCUGCUUCACAGACCUGAAAUGUGAAGAAGCGGCGGUACGACCCCAACGCCCAGGCCAUUUAACUCGAGGAGCGGCGACAGUCGCAGACGGACUCCUCCGAGGCUUCCUUAGUUGGCUACCUUGACAGCUGGACUGCACUUACUGCUGCUGACUUUUUUGGCAUUAGAUUUACUUGAAAAAGACAUAGUGGACAUUUUAACAAAUCCCAUUGUAGUGACAUUAAAAAAAAAAACAAAAAAAAAAACGCAGCCUUUUCAACUCCACAUGUAACUCCCUUUCCCUCCCAGCUCCUCCUUUUAGUGCCAGUGCACAGGCGUUCAGGUGGAAUCCACACCAUCCUCUCACCUUGCAUGAUGUUACACACAAGGUGUGCUGCUUGCUGGCCUUCCUUGGCAUGAAAAGCCCGCUCUUUAGGGCUCGGCAUGGCUAACAAAGCUAUGAAUAUAGCGCAUAAAAAAAAACAAACAUACAAAGACAAAAAAAGGACUUAUUUAUUGCAGGAGAAAGCCUCGUUAAAAACCAAACACACUGGAAAACCAGUUUAAACUCAACUUCCUGUUUUAGGUGCUGCAUGUGAGGACAAUGCAGACCAAAAGGCUGCGAGUAACGAAUAAACACACACACACACACACAGACAAAACUGUACACCGACAAGGUUUCUAAUCAACUGCUUAUUUCACAGUGACCUCAACUGCUUUCGUUUUCUAUCUUAGCAUGUUUUACAGCAGACAUUACUGAACAAAAACCGAAGAAAGGCUUGUAUGAUUUUGGGCCAGACAGAUGAGCACCAUGUUAGAUCUAGAGGGAUCCAGACUGCGAUCAAGUAUGGAAAGACCCCCCCCCCCCCCCCCCCCCCCCCCAAAUGAAGCAUCGCUAAUGGUGACUCAAAAGCCAAAGAAUCAAUCACCUGAACAGAUGGAUGUUGUUGCACACAGAGCACUUUCCCUCCCCCUCUGUCUGCAGCCAGUGGUGCCUCCCCACUCCUACUGGUGAGGACAUGAAGUCUGUCCACGCGGGCCUUUGCCUGUCCAGCCAGGUCCUCAUCAGCACCCACCUUACUGGCAUUAGCCUGUUUUGCGCUCAUAAACCCCUGAGUAGGAAUCAAGUUUGGCUCUACUGAUAAAGCUGCAUGCAUGCAAUCACUGUAGUGGGCUUAUAAUUCUAUAUGGGAGUCCCCCCCCAGAAAAUCAGCAAGAAAAAUACGCUACAAAAGAUAGGAGCAUGUCAACAACCAGAACAUUUAACUUUUAUUUACUAUGCAAGGAGAGAUAUUGCACAAAAGGUAUGGGUAACAGUGACAUCAGUGUAGACAUGGAAUUACAACAACAAACAAAUACUCUUUUUCUAUCUGGCCAGUCCGUCCUGUUUCAUUUAGCUUCAAACUGGGUGAGGAUAAGCAAAGAAUUUGAAAAAUUGUUGUAAAAAAAUAAAUAAAAAAAUAGCAAAGUCCAUAUUUCCAGCGUAAAGCUAGAGAGCACCCCGUUUACGUUUGUGGAAAUGUAAGUCAUUUCUUUGUGUGUUUUUUUUUUUCAUCCAGUUUAUCAUUUUUAAUCACACACACACACACAAACAGAGUGUAUGGUGCCUGUGUGGAACAAGGCCUGAACAGUUUCAUCAUGCAGGGCCCAUCAUCAUCAUUUCCAGUCCAGCUGAUAGUCGGUGUGUUCCAGGUGCUGCCAAAAGCACUGGCAUUGUCGUGAUCCUCCAUGUCACUCAUCGUCUGGUGUCCCUCUCUCACUGCAUCAUGUACAGUUGGACCCAUUAAUAAACUACUGACAAAUUUUA